AUGGAGGACCUUAGCCUGGAGUCGGCCAUCCGGCUUGGCCAUUUUGGCGAGUUCGAGCUGAUGAUAGACCAGCAUCCGAACCUAGAGGAACCACUGUCUUUUGGUCUCCCACCGCUGUGUUACGCGCUGCGGUACAGACGUCUCGACAUGGUCAGAGUCCUCCUAGACAGAGGGGCGAGAGUCAAUCUAGAUCUUGAGGAGUACAUGCCUAUCCUUGUCGCCGUCAGAGCCGGGCAAGUUGAGCCUGUCCGGUGGCUAGCUGACAAGGGCGCUCAGCUCGACGCGAGCCACCACGGCAUCGUGGCCUUGAGCAUCGCGAUAGACGCGUCCAGCGUGGAAAUUGUUCGUUUGCUGCUCGAGAGGGGGGCCGACGCCAAUAAGCCGCUGCAAGUUGGAACUCCUCUCCGCGCGGCGGUCCAGAAGAGAAAUCGGGAGAUUGUACAGCUCUUGUUGGACGCGGGGGCCAAAAUGGGAUAUGAUAAUGAAAGAAGUUUUCAGGGUCGUACGAUCCUGGACAUGGCCGUUGAAAGCGGCAGCGUGGAAAUCACGAGCCUUCUUCUCGAACGGGGAGCAAUACGAGAUCUUGCAAGGCAGACGGCACAUACGCCGCUCGUUGUUGCAGCUGGUAGAGGCCGUCUCGAGAUAGUCAAGCUUCUUUUCCAUCAUGGCUGGAGCGUACAGGGCCUAGUAAAGGAUGCUGUUACGCCUCUUACCACCGCCGCAGAUGGUGGUCAUGAUCGAGUCGUGGAGUGGCUCAUUUCAAACGGGGCGGAGAUACAUGCCACCACGAGGGGCAAAACGCCACUUCACAGAGCCGCCUUCAACGGCCAUGUUCGCACUAUGAGACUCUUGGCCGAUGCAGGGGCCUAUAUUGAGCAGCAAAGUGCCGACGGGUCGUAUCCUAUCCACGUUGCUGUGUUGUCUCACAACUGGAAGGCUGUUAGGUUUCUGAUCAAGCGGCGGGCAGACAUCGAGGCAAAGGCGCCAGGGAGACGUAGCCCUCUUCAGUACGCCGCAGACGCUGGCUGUUUUAAAGCUGCAAAGUGUCUGCUCGCGCACGGUGCCAGGAUAGAUGGCCCCGAGCUACGAGAUUACUCCCCGCUUGCCAUAGCUGCCAAGGGAGGACAUCUCCUCAUAGUUCGGUUGCUCCUUUCCAAAGGAGCCGAUGUACAUGUCCGUCGCGAGAAUGGCUGGACACCGCUGCAUCUAGCUGCGCACGCCGGACAUGUCGAGGUCGCGUACGAGCUGCUUGAGCACGGAGCAGACAUUGAAGCCACCGAUGACCAUGGGUCCACUCCCCUCCUCUUAGCAGCUAGAUACGGUCAGCUGGGCGUGCUUAACAUGCUACGGGAUCGUCGUGCGAAUCUUCAUGCUCGAGGAAAAGAAAACGAAACUUCGUUGCUCUUGGCCGCAAAGAGGGGGCGCCACCACCACAUAGUCAGGCGCCUCAUAACGAUGGGGCUCGCUCCAAGCAUCGACACUCCGAGGAAUGAAGGUCUCACGCCGCUAUUAGCUGCUUCUAAAGCGGGAUUUUGGAAAACGGUCAAGGUCCUGCUUGAGUACGGUGCAGACAUGGAGGCGAGGGGUGGGCGGGAUCAGGCUACACCACUCAUUGCCGCUGCACGUAGCGGGAGCAUCAAAACCGUCAAGCUACUGCUGGAUCACGGCGCAGAAAUUGACGUCACCGAUGAUGGCAAUUUCACCCCUUUGAACACUGCCGCAGACUCGGGCUACUUCAAAAUGGCGGAGCUCCUAUUGCGACGGGGGGCAAAUCCAGACACACCAGACAUCGGGGGCUGGACGCCGCUUUUUGCCGCCUCGUCCGCGGUUGCAGGAAACAACAUGCGACUUGUAGAAAAGCUUUACCGACUUGUCCCGUUUCAGGCUCUCCCACUCGAUAAGAACAACCGAUCUCCGGUUUUCAUUGCCGCUCUUCGGGGACACCUAGAUAUCAUGAAGCUCUUCCUCAAGAAGAACUUGAAUCUCGCCUUCACGCCGGACGUCCAUGGUUCAAUACCCCUCUCUGCCGCCAUCCGGCAUGGCCAUGCACAUGUCGUCAUGUACUUGCUUUCCCUAAAGCAGGUAUCCCUCGAUGCUGCAGACCUACACGGCAAAAGCCUGCAGUAUUGGCUGGAUCGGCAUGGAACGGAUGAGAUCAAGCUUUUAUUCAAAGCACUAAAUCAAUUACAGGACAAGGUUGGCUCUCCGGGCCUCUUUAGAAGAGUCCUAAAAUUAUGGUUAGAGCAAAUGGGAGAAAAGGAUGUCAAAUUCUUGAUUCGCAGCAUAGACCCAUCCAUUCUACGUGAGGAAGGGGCCCAGAAAAAGGACAAAGUCGGACCGAAAAAGGUACAGAGAGCCAAUGAUGGAUUUGUGUCAUGGUGUGAUGUUUGUACUCUCAAUGUCUUGGAUAAACAGCCUUAUUUCCUUUGUCAGAUUUGCGACAAUGGUAGAUUUGUGGUCUGUCCAGACUGUAUUUGCCAUGGGGUUAGAUGCUGGGACAAAUCCCAUGAACUGACCUUCACUACCGACGAAGAUUUAUCAAAUACUUGA